UGGUCCACACACACAAGAGAGAUAUUUGGGGGCAGGCUGAUGGACUGAAGGAAGGUGAAAAAUUACUUGGAACAAUCUCACGAGAAAAUAUGAGAUUUUACAGAUUAUUGUUUACAUUGUAAAAAAAAAAAAAACAUGAGAACCGAACCGAAUCGAUCCGGAUUCAACUGAAACAGCAACAACUUCCGAAACACAGAUUCUUCUUCUUCCCUGCAGGCGACUGGAGGAAGAGGAGGAGGAGGAGGGAGAGACUGGAACUUUGUUGUGAUCGACCCGGAGGAAAAGAGAGAGAUAUAUUUAGGGGGGUAACUAGUGUUAGUUUAUAAAGAUUUAUACCUGGUGGAAAGACGCAACAUCUCGAGGGGUCGCCAUUGUGUGUGGGACGAAGAUACCCGACACAUAUAGACACGGUAUGGUCCUCUAGAGAGAGGGAUGUGAUGGGGAUCCCCUCCGUCUAAAGGAGCACACAGUGAGGCGGGUUUGGGUUACCUACCCGGAGCUGUCGAGGCCUCCUCCAGAGGGAACCAACCGUCACCGUCACCGUCGUCUACCUCCAGCUACACCGCCCGCAUCGUGAACUGUCAGGUACGCGAGGGUCGCGGCUGUGGAUGCGGCCUAGUGGAGCCAGGGAGGGUCUGCUGCGGAGCCGAGCACCACCAGGGGGACAACGGGGACGGGUUCAGGUCCAGGGGUAUUAACCCUCAUCAACAGGCCCCCCUCCGGAGGACUGAGGACACAUUGAACUGCACCAUGAUGGAAGAACUGCAUAGCCUGGACCCCCGGCGGCAAGAGCUGUUGGAGGCUCGCUUCACCGGGGUCGGCGUGGCUAAGGGCUCGGGUCAGAACCAAAAUGAGUCCUCCAAUCAGAGUCUAUGCAGUGUAGGAUCGCUCAGUGACAAAGAGCUAGAGACUCCUGAGAAAAAAGCAAAUGACCAGAGAGUGAGAAAACGGAAAGCAGACCCCUUUGACAGCAGCCAAGGCAAAGCAGGUGCAAGAGGACAUAAAAUUAGUGAUUAUUUUGAGUUUGCGGGAGGUAGCGGUCCUGGUACCAGCCCUGCCAGGGGAAUUCCACCAGUGGUCCGCUCUUCCCCACAACACUCCCUUUCCAACCCUCCUGUCACGGUGCAGCAGGGAAGCCCCUCCUCAGUAAACUCGGCCAACACAGAGCACUCGACGUGUUCACUGAAGCCGGCUUCUCUUCACAUGCUCCACAAAGCCACACAGUCUGACCUUACUAUAGAGAAACUAACAGCAAUGGAGAACAACAAGAACUCUGACCUGGAGAAGAAGGAGGGCCGAAUAGACGAUUUGCUGCGGGCAAACUGUGAUCUGAGGAGACAGAUUGAUGAACAGCAGAGGAUGCUGGAACGAUACAAGGAACGCUUAAAUAAGUGUGUGACCAUGUCCAAGAAGCUGCUGAUUGAAAAAUCCAAACAGGAGAAGAUGGCGUGCCGGGACAAAAGCAUGCAGGACAGGCUUCGACUGGGCCACUUCACCACAGUGAGACAUGGAGCGUCUUUCACUGAGCAGUGGACGGAUGGAUAUGCCUUCCAAAACCUUAUCAAACAACAAGAAAGGAUCAAUUCCCAGCGAGAGGACAUUGAAAGACAAAGGAAGCUGCUGGCCAAACGCAAGCCGCCUUCAAUGGCCCAGACUCCACCACCAAGCCUGGAGCAAAACAAACGCAAAAGCAAAACCAAUGGAACAGAAAGUGAAGCGUUAUCACAGGCAGAGUACCACGAGCAAGAGGAAAUCUUUAAACUAAGACUAGGCCAUCUUAAGAAGGAGGAGGCUGAGAUCCAGGCGGAGCUGGAGAGGUUGGAGCGAGUGCGGAACCUGCACAUUCGUGAGCUGAAAAGGAUCCACAAUGAGGAUAAUUCCCAAUUCAAAGAUCACCCUACGCUAAAUGACCGGUACCUGCUACUCUAUUUACUUGGACGGGGAGGUUUCAGUGAAGUUUACAAGGCCUUUGACUUAACAGAGCAAAGGUAUGUUGCGGUCAAAAUCCACCAGUUAAACAAGAACUGGAGGGACGAGAAGAAGGAAAAUUAUCACAAACACGCGUGCAGAGAAUAUAGAAUCCAUAAAGAGCUGGACCACCCACGAAUAGUUAAACUCUACGACUACUUUUCGCUUGACACUGACUCGUUCUGCACAGUCCUGGAGUACUGCGAGGGCAAUGACUUGGACUUCUACCUGAAGCAGCACAAGCUCAUGUCAGAGAAAGAGGGCCGCUCCAUCAUCAUGCAGAUUGUCAACGCCCUGAAGUACCUCAAUGAGAUCAGACCGCCCAUUAUCCACUACGACCUUAAACCUGGUAACAUCCUCCUGGUGAACGGCACCGCCUGCGGGGAGAUCAAGAUCACAGACUUCGGCCUGUCGAAGAUCAUGGAUGAUGACAGCUACAACUCAGUGGACGGGAUGGAGCUGACGUCACAGGGAGCAGGGACAUACUGGUACCUGCCCCCAGAGUGCUUUGUGGUUGGGAAGGAGCCACCCAAAAUCUCCAACAAGGUGGAUGUGUGGUCCGUGGGAGUCAUUUUCUACCAGUGUUUGUAUGGCCGCAAGCCCUUCGGCCACAACCAGUCCCAGCAGGACAUCCUGCAGGAGAACACCAUCCUGAAGGCAACAGAUGUGCAGUUUCCCCCUAAACCAGUAGUCACACCUGAAGCUAAGGCCUUUAUAAGGCGCUGUCUAGUCUACCGUAAGGAGGACCGCAUCGAUGUGCACCAGCUGGCCAGUGACCCCUUCCUCAUGCCCCACAUCCGCAAGUCGGUGGCCUCCUCGGGCACCUCGGGCAUGGCCGUGGCCUCCACAUCCAGCUCCUCCAACAGCAGCGCCUCAAACUGAGCCCACGCCCCUUAACUGACUGACUGAACCAUUUGAAGGGGUGGUGGGGUGGGGGGGCGACGCCAUACCGUGUCCCCCCUCCCAACAGCAUCCUACCUUGCCAUGAAGAGCCCAGGAGAAACAGGUCAAGCAAGGGGUGGGUGAGACGUCAUGGAUGGGUUCGGAAAGGGAGACCCACGUCACCCUUCAUCCCUCUCAUGUCCACCCCUCCCAGCCUACCUGUCCUCCUUUUCUCACAAUAGUGGCAUUGUUCCGGGGGUCAAAGCCCUGGACGACUCACGCAGUAAGGGGGCGAGGUUUGGCACUGUGUUGGUGAAAAAGAGGGGUUCUGUGUUUGGGUUUGUUCUUUUUCUGCUUAAAAAAGAGAAAAUAAAAAGAAGUAUAGAGGUGCUUCAGCUUGGCCAGAUGGAAAGGACUGCGGACGGUCUCACACCCAUACGCACUCACACAUACACCCAUGCAUGAGCCAUCCUGGUCCAAGGUAAUCUGAACUCCCCACGCUCAAACAUUUAGUUUGUUCUCAUCUCAAUGAACCUACGGAGAGAACCAGUCUGGCCUGUUAUUGUAUUGAACCCUAACUAUCUAUGGCACUAUGUCACCCAACCCGCUGUUCUGGGAUCCCCUGCCCCGCUUAAAUUCCAGACCCAGAUAGUUUGUGACGAGGAGGGACAGAAGCUACUAUUCCCCUCACCCUCUCCCGUCUCCUCGUCAAACUCCUGUGACCAAAGCUUAUAACUUCCAGCUGGUGGCAGUGUUCCACCUCUGUUUUUAUAAUGAAUGGUUUUAGAGUCGUGUUACUUGAUAUGGAGUGGAAGCCGUUGAGAAACGACCCCUUUUACAUUUUUUUUAAAAACUUUUCAAUUUUAACCAGUUUUAUGGAGAAAACUGUUGUGUUUUUCAAGUUGCCUUUAUUAAUUAGAACUGUUAUUGUUUUGAUUGACCCCCUACCAUAAACACACAUAUUUAUUUAGGUAUGUUUGAAUUUAUUUUUGGCCAAUAAAAUGCAAGGGACUGGUUUACCUAAUAGUACUGUUGGGGGAGAUUGGGCCUUAGCAGAGAGUUGCAUAAACCAUUAAAUACUAUUGGUUAAAAUGUG